GUCGCUAUAGGUGUUACUUUUCGGUUAUCUCACCCAUUAAUAAGCACUAUCCUUGUCAAAAAGGUUGCCACAAAAAGAGACCGUGGACAAAGGAGAACCUUCCUCCAUUACAGAAAUACCAAGGGGGAAACAGUUCGCAAUAUCUGCCAGCAAAGUUUGAAGCUUGAAGGUUUGUUUAUUGAACCAUGACUUUUCCGCUCAAAUUGUUUCGGACGUUUGUUCUGGCAAUGCUUAAGUCCUUGACCUGAUUCGUUAGUAUCAAUGAUGAGAGUCGUUUUUAGCACGAUAUUGUUUUUGUGUGUAAGCCUUGAUAUUGCCGUAUGUAACUCAGAAGUGAAUGAUGAUUCAUCUGCAAGAACUACGCUACAACUGCGUGAUAGUGUGGAGUUUUCUUACUCGAUAUCAAAUUCCUUUUUGGAUCUUAUUCGUGGUCAGAAACCACCAACAGCCGUCUUUGAAACCUUUGUCAAUAUUCAAACUUCUCACCACUCAAGACUCGCAUAUAGAAGCAUUGAGCCCGUUGUAACGACAUACUUGGGAUAUGGCAUAUGUCUUGUUGUCGGUCUUCUAUUUGCUAUUUUUAUGCCCCUUGUUGGAAUCGUUUUCUUCUGUGCUCGGUGCUGUGGGAAAUGUGGUGGACGUGUGCAAUUUGUAGAUUCCAAACACGAUCCCUGCAAACGAGUUGUAUACACAGUGUGCCUAGUCUUAAUUGUGACUUUCCAAUUGGCUGCUGUUGUUUUGGCUUUCAUCAAUCACUACUUAUUUCAUGAAGCUUUGGUCAGCAGAGACCCGCGCAUAGGUGCUUUUAGUCAAGCUAACCUUAGCCUUGUUGAGUUUGAAGAGGCUCUAAAAGAUAUGGUACAGAUGGCAAAGAAUACUUCCUCAACAGAUCUUAGUAAACAAAAAGAACGCUUCAUGCGAAUUGUAGAUGAUAGUCUUGUCAGUUUUCAAGAAGAUUUUACCAAACUGUCUCAAGCGAAUAAUGUAUCUGAUGCAAUUUCAGAAUUUCAAACAACUGCACGAGCUUUCCUCCCUGGAUCUGAGGCAAUCUCACAAAUCAGUUACUUUAACAAUUCACUUUAUGAAGUGAUCUCUGAAUUACCUACCAUUCGUCAGGGUUUGACCGAUACAUUGAAUACAGGUUGUCCCAUUGAUAAGAUCAUUGAAUGCCGAGAAUUGAUGGGACUGGCCAACGAUCAGUUAAAAAUUCGUGUUUCACCAAGUAUGUUCCAACUAGACGAAGCGUUUUCUAUUUCUAAUCAAAUUCAACGGCAUCUUCCUGAUGUUGACUAUCUCAGUGAAUUUAAUGGAACUAUCAACAAUCUGGCCGCAAAUGUGAAGCGUUCCAUUAGUGGUGAUCUGGAUCGUGCCUGGAACGAUUUAGCUCACUCUCCAAAGACACGAGAGAAACUAGCUAGUGUAUUCGAACAUAUUAUGGUUAACAUAAGCACCACUUUAAAAUUUAUUCGUGAUCGAAUUUCAUUGGAGAUUAAUGAAGAAGUAAAUGAUCAUUAUUUACGAGCUGUCGAGUAUGUGUUAUAUGGCGGAGUGGCGCUGUUGUGCAUUCCCAUUUUAAUUUUCCUGAUAUUAUAUCUUGGACUAUGUUUUGGCACUUGUGGUGAUCGUCCAUAUGAAGAGGCCGGUUUGUGUAAUCGGGGUGUCGGCGCCAAUUUUUUACUUGCAGGUGUAGGAUUCAUGUUUCUUUUCUCAACUAUCUUGAUGGUCUCUUGCAUGGUACCUUUCCUUUUUGGCGGAACUUUGCAAACUGAAGUUUGUCGAUAUCUGACUGGUCGCUAUCCAGAUGGUCCCCAAAAAAUGGACCAAUACGUUUUUCAAAGUUUGAAAUCAAUUUUUCUUGCCGUUGAUGGGUCACUACCGAACUCGUCUAAAUCUAGGACAUUUCAUGUUGAUAAAAAUGAACUGGAGGCUAUCAGGUCAACGUUGGAUAUUAUUCGUUUUAAUCUGUCAGAUGCCAUUUUGACUCGAUGUGAAGACGAACCAUUCGUAGAAGCAAUCAGUACAGGAGAGUUCGUUUCCCCUAUACUUGCUGAUGCAAUUGACGGAAUUUUGCAGGGUCUCAUCGAGUCAUUUAAGAAAGUCGACAUAGAGUCUCCAUUUCGCCGUACUAUCGGGUCGUGUUUAGCAGCUUUUGAACGUCUCAAAUUUCUUUCUGCUGUCAAUUUCAAGGAAGCUAUCAACCAAGUCAAUACUCCACUAACUUUUAUUGAUAAUCUCGGUGAAUUUGUGUCAAGAUUGAAGGCUUUAAAUAUGGAAUCUUUAGCUCCACAUAUUCAAACUCUUGUGAAUGGACCUGUGAAAUUAGAUGCCACUCGUGAUAACAUUUACACCUUGUUUGUCCGAUUCAAUCGUUUACCGGAUCAAAUGAAUCUUGCAAUUAACAAUCUUAAUAGAUACAAUCAAACAUUAUCUACUUCCGUCCAGUCUUCUAUGAAUCGUGGAGUUAACAGAUUCCAUCCACUUUUAACUAAAGAAUUACAAUUGGCUGUUAUAGCCACUUGGCAUGAUAUUCCGUGUCAGUCACUUCGUUUAGCUGCCAAACGUGGAGUCGAUUCAGUUUGUUAUACAUUUUUAAUGCCAUUUAAUGCAUUUUGGACUGGAUUAGGAUUUACACUACUUCUUUUCAUUCCCGCUAUUAUUUUCGCUGUUAAACUGGCUGGUUUAUAUCGCAAAACAGAGAAAUAUAGUCACGAUUACGAAGAACCGGAUUACAUAUCAUAUCAUGGCUUCUAUAUGAGACCACCAACAGAUUAUCAGGACAAUUCACAGAAACCCGAAACAAAUCUCGUAAACAUAAAGGUUAUGUGGCUGUUCCGAAUCCAGGAGCAUAAAAGUGAAAAGUCAAUCCAAUGGAUCUAGCGCACGGAAUUCCCAUUCACGUUAUCAACAAUUAUCUGUUUAUCCAUAUGAUGCCUAUGAGUAGUAUAGUGUUGGUAAUCAUAAUAGUCGUUGUAGUUUCAUGAAUCAUAACAAUCCUUCAACUCCUUUACACAAGAAUUACUACGCAUACAGAAUAAAAUUGCUCUUGUUCCUUUUGUACACCAUUGGAAACAAAAAAAAUUAAUAAAGAUUCAUUCCCAAUAAUAUUAUGCACUAAUUAAUUGCUUUUGUGUUAAUCAUCAUAAUCACAUAUUAAUAUUUGGUCAUCAGUUUCUUUCCUCUUCCUCCCUCUUUUCCUGCUAUUCUCUCUGACCCAUGAUUGUGAUUAGUAAAUAUCACCAAAAAACGAUCUGUAUAUUAUAUUUCGUGUUAAUCUAUUCAAAUUCCAUUCUUCCUUUUAUUAAAACAAAAUAUAGUGUCCAUUUAUUGUUGAAUUUAUUUUCUCACACAUGUUAACAAAACCAUUUAGUGUUGUCUUCAUUUUUAUCUGCGUUUAGGAAUUUUUAGCUUAGUGUUCUGUUGAUUUUCGAAUUCAUUUUUCCUACUUAUAUUGUCGCUGUUGUUAGCAUAUAUUUGAUAGACUUCACAUACACAACAUGUAAGUGAUUAAUAGUAGAUGCAUGUUUGUACAUGUGUGUACUUGAUUUCCUUUUAUGUAUUUAUGAUUCAAUUUUCUUCUUUGUUUGUUUGUGUGUAUCGCUCAUAAUUUAAUUUUAUACUGUUCUUCGUUUCGCUGUAUAGGUCUAUGUAUAUGUUUAUCAUCUGAAUUCCUCUUUUUGGCUUAUGUUUAUAUUCUUACUGUUGUCAAUUUUUUCUUUUUUCUACUUGCUUCACCUUUCUGAAAUUAUAUAUAAUUAAUUCUGCUGGGUUUUUUUAUUUUUAACCAACAUAAGAAGUUAUCUUCUUUAUAUUUCCAUAUUUUUUGGAUUAAAAAGUCUUUAAAGUAAUACUAUUAGUUUUCAUUAAAUUUUUCCGUGUAAAUUUCUCUCUGUAUGUAAGUUUUUUUUCGGGAAGGUGUAGGAGUUUGUUAGUAGAAGAUUUCAUCAAAAAGAAGCAAACAAAUAAAUAAAUUUGAACUAACUUAUUUGUAAGGAAAGAAACAACACACAAACUCUGCACAUUGAAUGAUUUUCUUCUAAAGAUACCAUCAGUAUUUAUACAGAAUACAAUUGUUUAUUACAUUCUAUUUGGUAAUAGUUGUACAAGAUGAAAACAGUUUUUUUCUAAAAAAGAACUGAUUAGACAAUAAUUCAUUGUUCCUCAUCUUGUCUUUUUUUUUAAUUGAAAGGGAUUUUUUCAUGUUUCUCAUUUGUUUAAUACGUUUUAUCAUAACUAAAUUAAUAAAUUGAUUAAAAUUAC